UUUGUUUUUUUAAUUGAUUGCGAAUGUGAAAUGCAUAGAUGAGAGUUACUCAGCAAAAGUGACUAAAUUGGCAAGAAUGGAUGUGUAAUCAGGGAAGAACGGAGAAGAACGGGGAAGAGAGUUAGAGUUUAAGCGAGACGACUAUAUGAACCAAGCACAAAAGAUUGCUUUUAAUGUUCACCGAAUCGUGAAUACUUUUAACAAACAGACGACGAUCGAGUUGGAAUUAUCCUCUUCUCGGCGAUAGGUCUCCCGAUGGACGCAACCAUUUUGACAAAGAUAGUGUGCUCUAUUACCACUUAUGUAGUACUAUUGGUACAAUUUCUGCUUGCAACACCUUGUUGAGAAGAAGCUAUAAUGUAAUGAUUUUUAAUUGAAUGUUGAAGAAACAAUUAUGGUCGAUUGAAGAAGGGCCUGGAAUAAAUUUAUAAACUUACCCCAUCACUUUUAAUCAUGCUAAAAGCAAACUAUGCAACAAAUUAUUUAUUCGCGUGAUGCAUUGUCGUAUUGCAAUUUGUUUUUUAAUAUCAUACAAUUUUCUAAUAUCAAGAGACUCGUUUAAGCGUUCUACAUCGAUGAUUAAACAUCAGUAUCUCGAGUUUAUUGAAAACAUAAGCAGUCUGUCCACUUUUAUAACGAAGUUUUUUUCUAUUAGUCCAUCAGACAGACAAUUUUCGUGAGCAACAUCAAAUUUUUUCCGCUGUAACUUUCGAAAUUGCAAAAGAACGAUGUCUGAAGCUUGGAAGAUAACAGAAUUAAAGGAGAACAAGAAGUGGAAACUAUUUCACGCCACGGAUUUCGUUUCGCUGAUGUACCCUUGCUAUUUCAUCGGAAAUCUAUUCGGAGUUUUUCCUUUCAAAUGUGACUCUUCAGGAUAUACCAUUUCAAGAAUUCGUGUUAUUUAUUCAAUGAUCAUUUUGACCACGUUCCUGAUCGUGGCCUUUUAUACGGGAUAUAAAAAUAAUACCACUCCGACGAUACUCCUUACUCUACCAAAAAAAUUGCAUCACAAUGUGUAUCUCAUCAUGGCACUAAGCACUAUCUCGUUAACGUACGGUCAAUAUAAAACGAUACUACGCUUUCUUCAGGAGUUCAAGGAGGCGUCCUCCAUGCUGGCACCAAAGGACUUCAACGACAUGGCGAUAUUCGUUCAUUCAAAGGAUAUUUUUGUAUUUUUAUUUCUCUCAAGUCACGUGUUCAAUUGCGUUGAAAGUGGAAACACGUUCGUAACAGUGAGAAAUUUUUACGGUCUAUUCAUUAUGUUGGUGAACUUCAUCAUGGACAUGUUCCACAUUAACUCGGCGUGCGUUUUAAAAGCAUGCUUCAUGAAAAUCAACGAAGAACUUGAUAAAUUUCGAAAACCCGUCGCCAAGACAUUUCUGCGCCACAAACAGAGUACUCCCUCGUUGCUGAUGAAAUUGAAGAAUUUAGAGGGGAAACACCUGCAGGUCACCGAUAUUCUACAAUUACUGAACAAGAUAUUUGUCACGCAACUCGUACUAACAACUGUCAAGACUUUUAUUACUUCUACUUUUAAUUUGUACUUUUGGUUAGUACGGUUCAACGGUGGGGAAAAAGCUCAGAAGAAUCUACUAUUUUGGUACUGGCCUUAUAUUCCUCCUGUCAUAUAUAAUUUUCUUAAAUUUGUUACGACGAUUUGGGCGUGUGAAACGGCGACUAAUAAAGCUAAACAAAUCCGCACUACUCUUCACGAUGUCCUUAGCGAGGCGACCGAUUUGUCGGUGAAACGCGAGCUGGAGCUUUUCUCGCUGCAAUUACUACACUGUGACACUACGUUUUCAGCGAAAAUGAUCGAUAUAAACGUGUCGCUUCUUGUAGAGCUCGUGGGAGGCGUCACCGUGUACCUUUUGAUACUGCUCCAAUUCUUAUUAAACUCGUUAGUAUGCGAGGCCACGCAAGAGUGAACGAUGAAAUAUUUACGAUGUUACGUGAUUCUGCGUGGCGCGUCUGUUUCUUAUCGAUUCUCUCGACAGUCUUGUGAAAUGCACCGUUUGAUGUGUCCACGCGCAAACACCUGUAUCACUUCUUAGCCACUUUUUCCUUCGCUUAUAUAUAAAUUGUACAAUUGCGAUGCUAAGGAAUCUAGCAGUUACAUUAUACGUUACCAUGAGAUCAGGUACGAGAUUACGGGAUGCCAGUUUGUGGGAAGAAAUCGUCAUGUAUAAUCACCGUGCAGAUAAAAACAUUUUGGUCACACUAAAGCGUCAAAGUGAUAGCUGACUAAGCAAUAAACGGGUUUUUGAUCUAAAUGUUCUAAAUUUAUCGGAGUCGCUGCGCUAACGGCAAUGGUUCAACCUCGAUAAUUAACUUUGUGAGUCGCCGAUAGUGACGUCGAAAAGUGAUCGAUUUGGCAUGGAAUAACCCCUGUUUAAUUUUCUACAUUAUUUUCAACUUAAAAAUAGCUGUACAUCAAGCGUCGGUAGUUCUAGUGUUAAGAAAGAAACGAGAUCAGGACUGCAUCACCCAAACCCUUAGAUACCCUAAAAGCAGUGUUUCUUACACAUAACGCAAUUCAUUUUUGCUCACUACCUGACGAAUUAUUAUUAGUAACAAUCCAACAUUACCUAAUGGAUAAUAAUAAUGAAUAAUAAUGAAAAUAAAAAUUGCAAAUCUUCUAAUAAUA